GAACAGGCCGAUUCGGGGUCAGAGGUCAAUAGAACUACAUGUACAGCAUCAGAGGUAUUUUCAUUCGACAUCCAUGCGUACGUUGCGGUGUGACUGACUUGAGUCGGGACUGACUGCUUGGCCUACCUGGCCUUCGCCUGACCUUCACGUCCACAAGUGCUCGGAGCGGCUCACAGUGGAAUUUGACUCUAUAGCUAUACUCUAACCGGAAACGCCACGUGUCACUGUCACUGAGUCUUCCUUACCGAUCGCAGGGGUUCAGGUCCACUCAUGGCGUUAAGAGAUCAGACAGGAACAACUGCAGGAACAACUGCAAGAACAACUUUGCCAAGCAGGGGAGAGAUGACGGCCUUUUUAGAUGUCAUAAACGACCUCAUUACAGAAUGUACCGCAAAGCAAUCUACGCAGAGCAGUCAUGAAAUCGCCUACAUCCAAAGCAGACUUGAAUCUGCAAUUAGAAAUGUUGCUGUGAUCGCUUCCAGUGUAUCUGCUGCCAUGCGUGAUACUUGGAGUCCACAUUUGGAACAAGUAUUUGCAGCCUGUGAGCUUCUGCAAAAUGAUUUAGAGCAAAUGUAUGUAUUUUACUCUAAGAAAGGAGAGGAGGUGGACUCCUAUCGAUACAGAGUUUCAGAGGAGUACAGCGGGGGCAGACCAAGAAAGCAUAUCACGGUACAACAGAUUGAAUAUCUCCGUGAACUUGGAUUCACUUGGUUGAAAAUAGCUGAGCUAUUAGGCGUCUCCUUUAGUACCAUAAAGAGGCGACAGCAAGAGUUUUCAUGUAGAGAAAGAAGCAAGUAUUCAGAUGUCACGGAUGAGGACCUGGACAGAACAAUUAUUGGUCUGAAAAGAGUUUUGCCAAAUCAUGGCGAAAAUUACCUUUGGGGUCUACUAAAGUCUCUGGGAAUAUUUGUACCCAGGCAAAGGCUUCGCGACUCAAUUCAUCGAGUGGACCCCAUAAACACUGCCCUGCGCUGGUUUUUAACCACAUGUCGCAGAUCAUAUUAUGUGCCCUCUCCGAAUGCCCUAUGGCACAUCGACAGCCACAUGAAACUCAUAAGAUGGGGGUUUGUCUUUCAUGGAGGCAUUGAUGGUUACUCAAGAACAAUUGUGUAUCUGGAAUGCAGCAACAACAACAAGUCUGCCACAGUUUACAACGCGUUUCGUGCGGCAGUUGCCAAGUGGGGUGUGCCAGCUCGGGUACGGUCAGACUAUGGCAUGGAAAACACCAAAGUGGCACUGUACAUGCUGAUAAAGCGAGGCGUGGAAAAGAAUCCCUUCUUGACGGGAAAAUCAACCCACAACCAGAGAAUCGAGCGUCUGUGGCGAGAAGUGCACCGCUGCAUAGUAGAGGUCUGGCGCUCAUUUUUCCACUACAUGGAAUUCGAGGGAAUGCUUGACCCCUCCAAUCCCCUACACUUGUUCUGUCUGCACUUUGUGUUCUGUCCAAGAAUAAACAUGACAGUCAAUGCAUUUGUCGAAGGCUUCAAUGCCCACAAACUCAGAACAGCCAACAACUUGUCGCCACAGCAAUUGUGGGUGGAAGGUACGUUGAAACUGUGGAACUCAGGUAGAUCAGCCAUAAAGAACAUUCUUGAGGCGCCAGUUGAUCCCCAGACCUACGGCGUUGACUGGGAGGGGCCUGUUCCGGAACUGCAGGACAACAACAUUGAUGUCCCAAGCGGUCUGGAUGUGUCUGAAGAGCAACAAAGAAUCCUGCAAGCACACAUUAAUCCUUUGGACUUUGUUGACAUUUAUGAUACCUUACAAUAUGUACAGGCUCUACGCAUCAUGGCCCAUAUGAUGCAAGGAUGAUUGGCACCAGGUGCUUCAAUAUGAGGGGGGGGGGCAACUUAGUACUUGAAAUGAAUGACUGUCUGAAUGAACAGUUCUGAACAUUACAAGAUAAUUUAAUUUAAGUGUAUAUAGAUAUAUGAUUAUUUUGAAUACCAUGAACCUGGCUUAUGUCUUAUAAACAUUUUAGGCCAAAGUGCAAACUAGUAUUUACCUCCAAGGAAGAUAAAGACAGUUUGUGUGCUGUUUUAGGGGGGACUAGCAGUGCUGCAUGUUUUGUAACUUAAGACAGUUGUCACAAUGACUUAUUUGUAUUAUGAAGCAUGGCUGAAUAUCUGUUUUUUUCCCAUACUUUUGUGUAUAUUAGACAUCCAGGGACUUCAUUGAUAUAAAAAGAGUUGAAUCUUUACCUCUGGAUAAUUUAUUAUAAACAGAUGUUUCGGGGGUCCAUCUAACCCUCUUCAUUUUUAAUGUUUAUUGUACAGCUAGUCAUGUUUUUUCCUUUGUAAAUAUUUACUUUAAUUUGAUACAAAGUGCCUUAUUGUGACCUAGCCAGGAAGCAAAUAGAGAUCUUUGCGGCAAUUUUAAUGGUACAAUACAUGUACUAUUAAGGCCACACCAAUUUAAUUUGUUGGUUCUCGGAUUUUUUCAGGAAAAAUAUGAAGCGAC